UCUUUCCAUCUCCUUCUCUUCCAACUUGAACUAUCAAAUAUCCAAAUACCUUUUUUUGUUAAAAUGGUUCGUCCAAUAUUGCCAAGAAUUAAUGGUGAAUAUUUAUGUACUUCAAUGCCAUUAGCAAUUGGUUUAUUUCUUUCAAUACUAGCCCUUGUAGCGCUAUGUGCUAAACAUGCAAAAAAACCUUCAAAAACAUCCAUGUCCACACAUGAAAAAAUCAAAACUAAUGUAUGCAAAAUUGCUCCAAGGUUGUCACCACUAGGACUCCCUAACAAGAAUAACAAUAAAAGAGUCGACGAAGAAUCUGGCAACCCGACAGGAGAUGUGACCGGAGAAGUAGCCGGAGAAGAGGGGUUGUGGCAAAAAGCAAUUAUAAUGGGUGAAAAAUGUCAGCCACCACAAUUUUCAGGUGUUUUAUUUUAUGAUCCUUCUGGAAAUAGGGUUUCUGAACUUCCAAGAUCACCAAGAGCCAGUAAUAUGUCAAGAUAUGCUUGCUAAUUUAGUUUUUUAUUUUUAUUCUUUAUAAUUGUGGUGUUCGGAUCAGUUUGUGCGCGUCUCGAUUAAUUUUUCACUAGCGCACAUACCGGAAAUGGAAAGAAAUUACUUAAUAUUUUUGCCUCUGCUGAAAAUUGAAGUUGAAACCUCGUGAUUAUUAAUUUAACUUUAUCUAUAGAAAAUUUUGUUUACUCUUUGAGUUUUUUUCUUUUUGGUGUUUUCUUUGUAUGGAUAUAAUGUACUCCCUCUUUGAAUUAACAAGAUGCAAGAUGUUACCUGUGAUUUUUGUAUUUUUGGGCAGUUUAGAAUAAUAAUUAGAAUAUGUUGGAUGUUUUUUGCUCCACUAAUAUUGAUCGUAUUACUUUG